AUGGCGAACAUGGAAUCGACAAACGCGUUUAUGUACCCACUCGUGACGGAGAGCGCGUUGAUGAUGAGCAUCGAGGCGCUCGAGAGGACGUCUCUGCCCCAGGGAUUCUUGGAUAUGCCCCCGAUCGUCAGAGCUGCCGGUGUGCUACCAAGAGACUGCACUACAGAGGUCAUCGACGUGAACAAAUUGUGUCAAAAGAGUACAUCGGUCGUUCGUUAUGUUGAAGUUGCCGAUGAAGGAGGUCGACUGUACUGCGUGGAUGGACUAGUGAGUACAUCCUGUUGGUUGAAAGUCGUCGCGUUUGCAAAGGAUUGUCAAAGCUGCAAUGUAAUUCUGAUGACCACCGAUAAAGGAGUGAUGUUGAAGACGAUAAAGAGCAUCACACCGGGCGAACCUUUGCUUAUGUGGUUCACCGAGAACAUUUUGGCAAUGAUGAACAUGCCCUUCCUGACACCGUCCAAUAUUCAAGGUCAGAAUCGUUACAUCUGCCACAUGUGCGACAACCUGUUCGAGUACCCAAAUCCUUUGAAGAUCCACCUAGCCCUAAAGUGCAAUCGACUGGAGACUAAUCAUCUUUGGUCGGUGCUGGCGAAAGAGUUCAGUUUGUCGCCGAGGUCCACCCUGUCUCUCAGUCUGUUCCCGCCGACUUUCAGAUUCGAACUGACCAAGUCGAAUCUGGCGCGAGCAUCGUCUACCAGGAUAUCGCCGAUCUUGGUAGAAACCAUGGAUUCUAGUGCAUCAUUGACGAACAACAAUUCACCGAAUUCGUCGAAUCAACCAUCGCCUUCGUCUUCGAAUCAACCCUCGCCGAACUCUUCGACCACGCAGAUCUCCCCGAGCUCCUCCACUCAAGUCUCUCCUGUGAGGAAAGAUUUGGGCUUCCGGCAUUCGGCUUUCAAGCCGUACACUAAUCAGAGCAAUCUGUUCACCACGGUUUGUCCAUUGACCAGAGACGAAUCCGUUUUAACGACGUACAACGUGCAAACGACCGCUGCACCGAUCCCCACCGAGGUACACGCUGCACAGAUGGAAACGAUAGUCAGCAAUCUCGGAAAAUCGAAGCAAGGACACCUGUGCAUCUAUUGCGGAAAAGUCUACUCGAGGAAAUAUGGAUUGAAAAUUCACAUCAGAACCCACACUGGCUACAAACCACUGAAAUGCAAGUACUGUCUACGACCAUUUGGCGAUCCGAGCAAUUUAAACAAACACGUACGAUUGCACGCAGACGGGGAAACACCUUACAGGUGCGAAUUGUGCGGGAAAGUGUUGGUUAGAAGGAGGGACCUGGAGAGGCACGUUAGAUCAAGGCAUCAAGAAAACGUGGAGCAAACUUCGGACACAUCGUCGGACGGAAUCGAUGUUUAA